AUGGCACACUCAUCGUCCAGCAGCAACAGAUCAGAUGCCACAGACUACAGCUCUGAGUCAAACCUGAGCCUCUCUGUGGGUUACUUCCCCUGUGAAAAUACCUUCUCCCACGAGAACACCAUCUCCUUUGAAGACACAUCUUCCAAGGCUCCUUCGAUCCUUGUUCCUCCUAUCCGAACAUGGAGGACUGAAAGUACAGGCAGACUCCUGAAGAGACAAGACCAAAUUCCUGACAACCCAAAGCAGUGUUGCAAGCUCAGCAUCACAGUGGCCUGGGAUGUUGAUGUGGGCUCUAACAAUUCAGACUCCACAGCUGACUGGGAUAGAAAUAGGAGCAAUCAGUGGAUAGACAAGUACCUGGAAGAGGACACACAACUGACUCUCGGCAAACUAAAUGAUCUUGUGCAAAAGCUUGAGAAAUUUCUAGAACAUCAGAAAACCAACGAGGAUGAUGACUCUGCAUUCCCUGAAUCUGGUCAGGAGGAAGAUUUCCAGUUGUUCAGCAGCAUCCCUCCAGGCAUAGCUCAGAUGAUAAGCCAGACAACUGGCAGCCAAAGGACGAUCACUAUAGAGACUGCCUCAGUCUCAUUGGGUCAGCAGGAGGAGGAGGACACUCCUUCCAGCACACAGGCCCUCUCCUGUGUGAAUUUUAGAGGCGUCUUCUGCUGGCUAAGGCAGCAAGUCCUCUCCUCACUUCUCAGGAGACAACACCCUGAGGAAGCCACUGAGAGCCCCCAUCAGCUGGCACAAAAGAAAAGACUCUCUCACUGAGGCAAGAGAAUCCAAUCUCAAGAGUCCCUCGACUUAGGACAAACUCUAUCACCAGACUUUUUAACUUUUUGA